AUGAGAUCUAACUUGGAUCUCAAACCAACACCACCACAAGACAGAACCUGGAAGGUGUAUAAUUACGUACUUAUUUGGUUUCAAUCUACUUUCAAUGUUAAUGAAUGGAAUACUGGGGCCUCGCUAAUGAAGGAAACUAAUUUACCUCACGGACAGGUGAUCGGUGCUGCUAUUGUUGGGAUUUUUCUCACAUGUAUCUUUACGGUAUCUAACGCUAGAGUGGGUUCAUCUUAUCAUCUUGGAUACAAUGUGUUGGUGAGAUCAACUUUUGGUAUCUAUUUAGGAUACUUUAUGGUGUUUGUGAGAUUUUUCAUCGCUUUGAUUUGGUUUGGGGUGCAAAGUUAUUAUGGGUCCCAGAUGUUUAACCUUGUCUUGAGGUGUAUUUUUGGUUACAAAUGGACUGAUUUACCAAACCACUUACCAGCAAGUGCUGAUAUUACUACUGGAGGAAUUUUAGCUUUCUUCUUGUAUUGGUUGAUUCAAAUGCCAUUGAUGUGGUGCCACCCAAAACAUAUCCGGUAUUUCUUCACUUUUAAAGCCAUCACUUUACCUUUUGCAACCUUGGGUCUUUUUAUCUUUUGUGUGGUCAGAGGUCAUGGUCCAGGUGACUGGUCUACAGGGGUUACUGUUGUGCUGACUUCCAGUAGGGGAAAUCAAUGGAUGGCGGUUUUUAACACUAUAUUUGGUACUUUGUCUCCAAUGAUUAUCAAUCAGCCUGAUAUUGCUCGUUAUGCCAAGAGAAAGGAAGAUACCGUGGUCCCACAAGCCAUUGGAUUUAUUCCACCUAAAAUUUGUGUGAUUGUAUUUGCUAUGGUUGGCGUGGUUUCUUUAAAGAGGGCUUACGGUGAAGUCUAUUGGAACAUGUGGGACUUGCUUCACGCUAUUCUUGACAAUGAAUGGUCUGCUGGAUCCAGAACAGCAGUCUUCUUCCUUUCCCUUCUCUAUGCUGCCGGAACAGCUGGUACUAAUAUUUUUGCUAACUCGAUUCCUUUUGCAACCGACAUAACUGGUUUAUUGCCAAGAUACUUCAACAUUAUUAGAGGUCAAAUUGUCUGUGGAUUCUUAUGUUGGGCCAUUGUUCCAUGGAAGUUCUUGGCCAAUGCCACUCAAUUUCUUACCUUUUUGGGUUCUUACUCCAUCUUUGUGGCUCCUUUGAUUGGAUGUCUUUUAAGUGACUAUUACAUCAUUAGAAGAGGUAACAUUCAUGUUCCUUCUUUGUACACAAAGAAAUCCUCCGGAGUUUAUCACUAUUAUAAAGGUGUGAACAUCUGGGGAUUCUUCGCUUGGGCAUUGUCUACAGUUCUUGGUAUCCCAGGGUUAUACUCUGCCUAUAAUCCAGGAACCUUGAAUGAUGUCGCAACAGAAAUCUACGAUAGUGGGUGGUUGUACACUUUCAUUUCUGGUUUUGUACUUUACACUGUUUUGGGUCUCAUAUUCAAACCCAGGGUGUUCCCAGAUGGACAUGAAGAUACUCCCAAAACUUGGGAAUACAUGACAUCCACUGAUGGAUUUUUCGAAGAAGAUGCUUCAAUCAAUGGUGUGGGUUAUCCUGGAAAGAUCUAUAUUGAAGGUAGUGAAGAAGACAGUGCUCAAGACGAGAAAUUAAAGAUCAUUACAAGUAUCAAGUCUGGUGGUGGUUUAUAUAUGUGA